CUCAUGGCUUGGAGAUUAUUCGCCAUUCGGUGGAUAUUUGAUGAACUUCGAUUUAGUUCAAUACUUUCUUUCGCUCCACUAUUCCCUUAUCUAGCCUACUCCUGGAUUUUGAAUGAAUCGAAUGCUUUAAAGGUCGUCGCAUCGCAUAAAAAGCCAGCCGGAGCAUAGGCAAUGACAAGCAUCGUAAAUGCCGUUCAGGCGACGCCAACGCCAUGUGGGCAAAAGACGAAACUAGUGUCUGUCGUCAGUUCGGCACUGAAAAGUCGAGGAUAUGUUAUAAAUGUGGAAUGGACGCGGUUUUAAAUUAGAAAAACUCUGUUUAAUUGGCUCUUAUUUCACCAAUCUGACUAUUUACAAUUAUUGUGGCUUGUGUGUACAGGUCUGAAAUUCUGUGAACUGAUGGUGAGGCAAAGAGUUGUAACGUUGAAAUGAAAUGAUUGUGGAAUAUUUCCCCUCAUGUAUUUCUCAUCAUCUAACUUCUAGUGUGAACAUAUUCUCUAAGACCAAAUUUGUAUAUGUCACAACUCACCAGUGCAUAUGCAAACAUAAGUUAACAAGAAUUACUCUAAGGAAUUACGCUGGAAAUGAGUGAUCCAGAAUUUAGUGCUUCUGAAGAAGGCAUAUUCGUUGCUGAAACUUCCAAUCAAUCCUCUUCUCCUUCCAAAUCAUCUCGUGGAACUAGUAAAAGAGGAAGAGGAAAGUCAAAACGGAGUAGAAAGCUGUCUAGUGAUAAUGACUCCUCUAGCAAUGGCCUUCAUGUAUCAAGUCUUAAGCAUGUAGGAAAAUUUCGAUAUUUGUCAAAUUUGACUCAAGCCGAGAAUGCUGAAGCGGACUCUGCCAAACCGGUUGCUAGCCGAGGGAAAAGAGGGAAUGGGAGGGGCAGAGGAAGAGGGAGGAGCUCUUCUAAUCACAUGACCUCUUCCGUGAACACAAGCGAACUGUCGAAUCAAGUUAGUAGAAGUGGCCGUCGUAUCAAACCUAAUAACCGUUGGGCACCAGAUGCUGAUUUUGAUCCGGGCCCAGUUACUAAAGUUCUUCCUACUCGUCAACGCAAGGCUGCCGUAAAAAGUGCUAAAACGAUUGCCCAAGAAAAAUCCCUUCCCGAGCAGCAUAGUACUACCGAAAACGAUGCUGACAAGGACGAAGAAGUGGCCACCUUAAAAGAAUCCACCCAACAGAUAGAUUCUUCCUGUGAGGAUCGCCUUGCAGAUGUGGACAACGAAAGUAACAAGAGCAGCAGAGAAGAUGAAGUUCAUUCACCUUCUAACAACCUAGUUUCAGAAACGUCUGAAACAGGGCAACAAAAGCCAAACCAAAAUCUCGAAGAAAAUAUAGAAAUCACAGAAGAGGUCGACACUAAAGCCGACCUGAAUGAAAUUGUUGAAGUAUCUUCAACUUCCCACGACAUAGCACCAGCUGUAAUUGACGAUCAAGACCUCACUGUUGGAGAUAAUGACGCGUUCAUUCAAUCAUCUGAGAUCUCGGUUGAAUUGGUUUGUUCUAAUGAAAUUGACCAAAAACAUAUUCCUAAUGAAGAGGAUGUGAAAAUUGUUAUGGAAGAUGAUUCAAUGCAAAUUGAGCCUGCGUCUGCUGUUCCAAGCAGUUCGCAGAUUUUUUUGGAUGUUGUUGAAAAUUGCAAUAGUGAAAUUACUUCAGAGGCUCCGAGGUCAGAGUGUGGCAAAGAUCUUAAUCAUGUUGAUGCCAGUGAUUCGGCGAGCAGUGAACGUGAAGACUUUUCUCAGGGAUUGACCGUGAAAGAGAAAGACAGUGCGACCGAUCAGUUGUACAACUCCUCAGCUGGUAACACUCCAAGGGGUGACGAUGAAGCCUUCGAUACCCAGUCGGUGCUCAUCUCACCUAAACCUGUUAAAGUGAAAUCAAGGUGGCGAAGGACUAGCGAACUUGAGCAAGUGGUUGGUCGCAACGGGAAUUCGGAUCAGAGUAGCUGUAAUAACAGCCCACUCAGUAUGUCACCAAAAACGGGUUGCAGUCUUCCAGUUCCGUCUGAUAAUAGAGAGAACCAAUUGGAAGAAAAAAGCCGAAUGGCGCUGAGCGAGAAUGUCGCAAUUAUUCAAGAGAGAUUGAAGUCUUUUGAAAUUGUAGAGGAGAAUCAAUAUUUGACGAGCAGAAAGACCAGCAAAGAGGUCAAGAGAAUGUUGUGUGAUUGUUCUCUUACAAAAGAAGAAAUCGCUCGUGGUGAACUGGGUUGUGGAGAAGAUUGCAUCAAUCGACUCCUUAUGAUAGAAUGCGGUCCGCGUUGCCAAUUAGCAGCUCGGUGCACAAAUAAACGUUUUCAGAAAAGACAAUAUGGGAAAAUCGAGGUGUUCAACACAGAGAAGAAAGGAGUAGGACUUCGUGCUUUACAGGACAUGGAUCCAGGAGAUUUCAUUAUUGAAUACGUUGGUGAAGUGAUUGAUCCUCGAGAAUUUCAUCGCCGCGCUAAAGAUUAUGCCCGCGAAAAGAAUAAGCACUACUAUUUUAUGGCUUUAAAGUCGGACGCCAUCAUUGAUGCCACACAACAGGGCAAUGUAUCGCGAUUCAUUAAUCACAGCUGCGAUCCAAAUGCUGAAACACAAAAAUGGACUGUAAAUGGAGAUCUCCGAGUUGGCUUUUUUGCACGUAAAAGUCUCAAAUCAGGAGACGAAGUUACUUUCGACUACCAAUUCCAGCGCUAUGGUAAAGAGGCCCAGCGUUGCUAUUGUGAAUCUUCCAACUGUCGGGGUUGGAUAGGAGAAGAUCCUGAAAAGGAAGACAAGAAUCGGGAUAAAAAAGAAAAGCGAGAUCGGGAAAAACGUAAAAGCCGAAGUAUUUUCAGGGAUGAGGUCAACACCAUUGAUCUGGAAAGUGAAAUUGAAAGAUUGGUUACGUUAGGAGUGAAAAAUCGCACCGAAACUCUUAAUCUUUCACGUUUAAUGGUACGAGCCGAAGAUUUUGAAGCUCGGAGGAACAUCCUUACAGUAUUGCGUAAUGCAGAGCAAGCAUGCCGGCGAUUGUUUUUGGACUAUCAUGGUCUCAAGUUGCUCUGGGGUUGGAUGGUUGACGCUUCCUCCUUUGGCCAAAGUUCUGAAAAUGUUCAGUUCAAGAUUGAUCUAUUGUCUACGUUAUCUAGCCUUCCAGUGCCUAAUAAAACCAUGCUGUUGGACAGUAAGUUGAUAUCAAUUGUUGAAAAAUGGACCACCUCGGUAGAGCCUCAGUUGGAAACGGUAAAGACGGAAAACUCAACUGAAAUAGAAGAAUCGUCAGAGAAUCAAACAGAACUCCCCAAUCAGGUCAUUUCCAUGUCUUCUCAAUUGCUUGAAUCGUGGUCAAACUUGAAAGAGGUUUUCCGGAUCCCCAAAAAAGAACGAAUUGAAAAAAUGAAGGAGCACGAACGUGAAGCUGAUCUUGAGUGGGAUAUGAUUCCAGACGUUAUAGAACAAACAAAUAAGCAAAGUAGCUAUGAUCGACGACCAAACAACCAUCACCGAAUGGAUUCGGGCUAUCGAGAUCCUAAGGAUAGGGACAAGUCGAAACGGAUGAGGGAGUCUCCUGAUCGAGAAAAUCGCAAGAUCCCACGAUUGGAAGACAAUAUUUCUAAGGAGGAGCGGAGAAGACUAUUUGCGCUUAAAGUUGCCCAACAAGAUGAAGAGCAGCGAGUAAGGCGAUGCCGGGAAGAAGACGUUUGGAGAAGACAUUUAGAACAAUGUCUAUCAUUUGGCGUCGAACCAACCAUGACUCCACUUAACUGUGAACCAACCCCUUUCAUCAAUUCAGCCAGCCCUGGAUUUAGUAUUGGAUUACCUCAAGUUAUUUGGGAUCCUGUUCUCGGUGUUUGGCAACCGUGUUCCGAUGAACAUGGUUCAUCUUCGGCUAAUCUCUCUGCUCUUACCCCACUGUCUGAAUCCAGUUCAACUAAUCAAGCAAAGAUUCCAAAUGAACCUCCUCUCCUUCAUCUAGUCAUACCAAAAGGCUAUAAUCCCACUGUCAUGGGUCCUCUGAUCAUGGACUUUGACUUAUGCAAACAUGAAGCCUCGGGAAUCCCGUAUGUUCCAGCUUCACUCGUGUCCCCAUUAGAAAAUGAUACUCUCAUCGCAGGUUCUUCUCUUGGUGAUCUUCAGGAUUCUUCUCUGUUGUCAUCUAAAUUGCCUCGUUUCUGGCGGCAUUCCGUUGACGAACGCGGUCGCAUCUAUUAUUAUCACGUACGUCUGCGACUACCCCAGUGGGAAAUUCCAGCACCAGAAAUUGAUACGCCCGAUUUCAGUUCCGAAGAGGAAGAAGACGUUGAAGAGGCAAUUGAGCCCAUCACAUCAACCGCCAUUACCGAACCGGUAAAUUCUCCCAUUUUAGAAAAUUCUAAAGAGCAAGAAAAAGAACGCCGAAGAAAACUCCUUUGUCACGAAAAAAUCAUAAGCCCUCGUAGUGAAUUCGAACGAAGUGAUGAUGCUCAAAGAUAUCGUGAGCUUAAGGAACGAGUUUUGCGCCAAAAACUUGCUCGUAUUCGUGAACGGGGUCUCUGGAUUGAAGAAACAAAGGCUGAAGAAAAGAACAAGAACAGAGACAAAGAAAGGAGAAAGUUAAACGAAAAAGAGAAGGAAAAAAUGAGAAAGAGAGCCAAAGAAAAAUAUAAGCGUUCUUUGCUCAAGGGAGAUGGGCGCAAAAAAAUCAAAGUUCCGAGUACGAAAGACGUCUUGGAGCCAGCUGGAUUAGAAGAUAAAGAUGGGGAGACUGCAGCCAAUGGUGAAGGGAAUGAUUUAAGUGUGGAUAGGUACAUGAUGGACGGGUCAUUGGAUGACUACAUGCUCUUAGGGGAAGGUGAGGACGAGGCUGGUGAACAAGAAAGAAAUCGUGACGUAUCAGCCAACACAGUGCGCAAAAUUAAGGAUGCUUUCCGCAUGAAAAUCUCAUCUGAUAUCGUGAACAUCCUCAAUCCAUAUCGCCGACCUGAUUGUAAACUAGGACGUAUAACUUGCACGGAUGAUUUCAAGCAUUUGGCACGGAAGAUGACACAUUUUGUAUUGGCUAAGGAGCUCAAACACUGCCGUAACAUUCAGGAUUUAGUGGUAAACGACAGUGUCAAGCAUAAAGCAAAGGAUUUUAUUAAGAAAUACAUGGCGAAGUUCGGACCUGCUUAUAAACGGGGUAACGACGAAGACGCUUGAUCCUAAAAAAAUUUCCCAUGUGAAAGUGUAUCGGCCGACUGUUUUGUACAAUGUAUUUAGCUGCUGCAACUUUUAUCUGUUUUAAAGAAAAACAACAGAAAACGAUGAAUAUAUGAAAUUUCAACGA